GUUGCAAAACUGACCAGCCGUGUCUAGUUGGUGCUCGCCAAAGGACGUUUAUUCUUCAACAGAAGACUGCGCGUGCCCUCUCUCGUGUUAUUUAUCGAGAGAUCCUGGAGACAAAGUGCACGUUAUUUGUCUAGAGAGGCUGUAGACCAAGUGAGACAAGGCGUCGUGGUGAGCCCGCAGCCAGCGGACAGAAGACAUGUUUGUUCCCGGACUGGUUUCGGUGUGUUGGCUCGUCUACGUAGCAACAGGGGUCAGCGGUUUUACAGUCACCACCAAAAAUGCAAACGUAAGAGUCAAAGAGAAUGAAGGGGUCGACCUCACCUGCUCUCACUCAGCUGACUUUGGUGCAGACGCUCGAGUCGAGUGGAAGUUCGACGACUUGAAAGGCUCAAAGGUUUAUGUUAUUUAUGACGGGAAACCUACAGAUCAAUAUGCUACACGAGUGACAACAUUUGCUGGCGGUGUGAGAUUCAACCAGGUGACCCGUAAGGAUAACGGCAAGUACGAGUGUGGGGUGUCUGGCAACGGCAAGUUUGGAGAAACUCAAGUCAAGCUGACUGUCCUGGUGCCUCCAUCUCCGCCUGUAUGUAGAGUCCCCCAGUCAGUGACGACCGGCAAGAAGGCCGUCCUGUCCUGCUACGACAGCGACGGCUCCCCUUCUCCCAGCUACAAGUGGUUCAAAGAUGGCACCCCGCUUCCAGAAAAGCCAUGGCAGUUUCCAAACUUCAAAAAUGCCAGCUACAAGUUAAACAUUUCAAGCGGCAACCUGGAGUUCCCCGGUACUAACAAAGCGGAUGCGGGGGAAUAUUACUGCGAGGCUGUCAAUGACGCUGGCCCCCCCCAGCGCUGCAGAGCUGUGAAAAUGGAAGUCCGGGACGUGAACACUCAGGGUAUUGUCGCUGGGGUAAUUGUGGCUCUCCUGCUACUGGCCUUACUGGGAUUCGGUCUUUGGUACGCCCACAAGAAAGGAUACCUACCUAAGAACACUGAAAGCAAACCGAAGCCCUCCGUCGUCUACCAGCCCACAACCUUGGACGGCGGCGGCAGUGAUGAAGAUGAUGGGGAAUUCAGACAAAAGUCGUCUUUCGUGGUGUGACCUGCACAAGGGAGUCAAGGGAGCGCUGAGAAGAGGGGGGACGGAUUGUCUUUUUAACGGUCUCUGUGCACGUUGGAAAUCUGAUUUUUAUAUUUCCUGAGUUUUUGUCUAAUUUUAACAUUUGUAUUUACGCCCCGAGAGGGUUUUCUUUGAGUCGCGUGAGGGGUUUGGUCCUUGGUCGGUACCGUGAUUCAGUGCUACCAGUUUGAAGUUCUAGCACCGCUGUAAACGAGCUGCAAAAGAGCGAACCCUCGGCCUACAUCGCCGACUCGGUUUCAUAGACCAUCGUGGUUUACGGAAGCAGUCCUCAGUGACCGCUGGUCUUCUGCUUUAGCCUCGGUCGUUCUGCCCUGACGGUUUGUGACGGUUUGAUGUUUUGUGUGCGCUUUCCGGUUGACGUGACUCCUGUUAAGAUGAGCAGUUCACUCAAAGCAGGGGGCCAUGUUCAGUAUUUCCCCCAGUCUGAGAACUACACAGUGUGCUCUUAACUGGAGGAAAUACCGCCCCACCAAAUCAGGAAUUCAGUACAGCCGAAACACAUCCAACGUACAGCAGUAGUUCCCGACUCGAAGGGACGUAACAUUUCAGCGACGAUCCCGAUAAGGACACAUCCUGUAUAUUUCUUCCCUAUCUGCCCCACGUUUAGAUGCACACAAACUGUCGUUCAGUGCAAACCUCCGUGAUCCUACUCAAUAUUUGUAUAGGCUGUAAAAACACCCUGAGGGAUUAGAAGACCCGUUGCUCGGAGGUUUUCCUUUUAGAUUGAUUUUUCAGGGCGUCUCCCCGCCUGCCGCCCAAUGACUGCUGGGGUAGGCUCCAGCAUCCCCCGCCCCACCCGGAGAGCAGCGUAAGCAGUUCGGAUAAUGGAUGGAUGGAUUAUUUGAUGUAUUAUCGUUGUAACAAAAUGUAUUCAUUAAGUUGCAGCCUCUCACAAUGUUUGAUAAUGCCACAACAAAAACACGACACAACACAAUGAUGACCCUGUUAACUAAACUUGUUUUGACACUUGAUCACCUCUGUUCAAGUGUGACUGCCCAGUGACGUCCUAUCCAGUUUAAUGGGAAUACUGCAGUUGUAGCCCCAAUUUACAGCAAACCCUGACUGUUUGUUUUUACUUUUUUUUAAUUAUUAUUAUUAUGAUUGUUCAAAGGUUCUUCAUAAAUCAAACUCCGCUGCUUUGUCAUUCACCUGUUUGUGCAAAUUUUCUGUAUGGUGACCUUUUUCAUUCGCUAUAGAAAUUAAUGUGUAAUUUUAAUUGAAGCUUCUAGUGAGUUUCCCGAGCAGGACCACACCUCAACCGCGCCAUUUCCGGCAUUCCUAUAGAUACCCCCCUAACCCC